AUCAUUGUAAAUAGACAUUUCGUGUUAAGUGCUUAAUUGUUAGGAAAUGAUUUGUAAAUUUAAGAAAGUUUUAUGGAUACUUCUCUAUACAUUAAAUGUUCAAGGAUCCUUAUGCCUACGCAACGUACACGUGAUCGUGCCAGACGCCGCCGAGAGGGGCUCCAAAGUGCGGAUGCAGUGUCUAUACGACCUGGAGCAAGAAGUGCUGUACUCUGUAAAGUGGUACCGUGGGGACCGCGAGUUCUGCCGGUACCAGCCGCGCGAUGCGCCGCCUUUGAAAGUUUUUAGAAUUCCUGGGAUCGAAGUUGAGCGGGACGAGACGGACGCUAAGCAGCUGGUGAUCACGGCAGCGACGCGCACGGCGGGCGGACGCUACACGUGCGAGGUGUCAGCCGACGCACCGUCCUUCCAGACCGCGCAGGUUCAUACGCACAUGUACGUCGUUGAUCUGCCGCAGGCUGAUCCGCAGCUCAUUGGCAUGAAGCAGCGGUACCGUGCCGGCAUGACGCUCAAAGCAGAGUGCUUUAGUAAAAACGCAAUGCCCGCUGCCAACCUCUCGUUUUUCAUCAACAGUGAACCGGCCCUGUCGCAGCACGUGUGGCACCGUGUGGACGUUUCCGAUAACGGCAAACUGAUGACUGCCUACAGUACCAUACAGUUCGUGGUACAGCGGCAUCACUUCGUCAACGAGCGGAUAAAGGUCCGAUGUACUGCCAUCAUAUACUCCAUAUAUUUGAGGAGUGUUGAGAAAAGCGCAGAAGAAGAACGGAUACGGACGACCACGACCAGUGGCCCCGAAGUCCGGCAAGCUAAGAUCUACUCCGUGCAUCGGCAACCUAAACCUAAUGCUAGUCCAACCGUCAUGUCCAGUAGCUCAGCGGCCAGGAUCGUCCCGUUGGUCACAUUACUUCUUCCAACAGUGCUAAGAUAAACGUCACAAGGAAACUAGGUAGACAAUGUAAUUCAAUACAGUUUUCUACUAAAUUCAAAUUUAUCAUACCGAAAUCGUGUUCUGACUGAUAAACAAAAUCUCUAUUUCCGCUGUUGUUAAGAAUUAGUAGUUGUGCCAACCCGAAUUUAUGUAUUUCAUCAAAUGAAAUGCACUGUCAUUAUUCUCUUCUAGUUUAAGCUUAGUUUCUAAGGUACAUGUUGUUAAGUAGAAAUCUGUUCCAAAUUAAAUAAUACAAUAUAUAUAAGUU